GCCUAUGUUUUCCAAUAGAAGGGUUCACAGAAAAGGCUCAUUCAUUAUAUAAUACACAUUGUUUAUUGAGCUAGCAUGAAUGGAAGUUGUUCAGCUGUAGCUGUGUUACGUGCUUUCUGGCCAAACAAGUGGUGCAGAUCUGCUUCUUUGUUAAGGAAAUCAGAUACAAAGGUUGUGGUCAUAGAACACCCCAGUGCAGAGGCAGAGGGUAGAGUCACUGUACUCUGCCCUGGAAGACUGAAGUAGGCUCACGUGUGUUUUGGCUGAGAAAACUGGACUCCUUUCCCUCCGUAGGUCAGGCUCAUGUAAUCUAUUAAAAUCAGGAUGAAAAUGGUUUUCUGAAAUCCCUAAAAUCAUACCACCAGAAUGUUAGCUUUCAAAUAUAGGGUAAAGCUGAUUGCCGAAUCUUUUACUAUGGCUAGUGGCAGUUCUUGAUUUUUCAUCAAUCAUCUAGAAACCGUGCAAGGUAAAAUGAUUUGGGGUGGCUAAUGGGACCCGCUGUGGGGAGUCUAAAUUUUAUAGGAGUGCAAUGCCAUACAUGUUGCUACAUUUGAAACAGGAAAUGUGUUAUAUAAGAUUCCCUGGCUAACCCACCAAAUAAACAGACCAUAACAACAAUAACAACAAAAAAGCCCCAUGGUACACAUCAAUGCAGACAUAUGUAUCAAAUGAUGUACUCUAUUAAAGAUAGAAAUUCUCUGUUCUGAUAAGGCAUUCCAUUUUUCCUUCCUGUCUGUGUGUUAGCUUUGACUCUAACUCUGUUUCUGCAAAGUCUCUCUGAGUGUUGCCCAGCGUGCUUGUAAAUUAUCACACUGCCAGUUUAUUGCAAGGGACUGUAGUUUGAAACAUUGGUGGCUGAAAUAGAGAAAGUCCACACGUGCAAGUGGGGUGGAAGAAUGGAAAAUGCAACUAUAGGAGUUCAGUAAACCAUCUGGGGUUCUUCAGGAAGCCUGACUAUUUCUCACACCCCUUCUCUCUACACUCAGUUAUGAAACAUGUGAUGCCUUAUUGGAUUGUAAUUUUUAUUCGCGACCAUCGAUUUUACCUCGGGCACUGUGUUGCACUUAGGUAGAUCGGAGUUAUUUCGGAAUAACAGGUUAUUUUUGAAACUGGCUGGAAUGAACAGAGUCGGCUAGGAACUAAUGUAUCCAGCACCUUGUUCUCUAGAACUGUAUAAAUUUCCGAUGCACUGGUUCAGAGGGGAGCCAUUAGAAGUAUGAAAGCAUUUUUUUUUUUCUUUUGGUCAAGCCUCACAGGACAGCUGAGUUUUUCUGGAGGGAGGGGGAGAGAGUGAAGAGUGCAGUGAUUUGACUCUGGCGGUAGUUGAUGGCGGGUAGUGCUAGGUACUGCAGUGCUGUGCUCCUGGUGACUCAGUGGUGGCCAGCAGCCUGAGAUCCUCGGGGAUCUGCGGAGACGAGGAAGGUGGGAAACCCAAGGAACGAAGAAAGACAUCUGGCCAAUCCUCACCUGAAAGAAGAAUAAUGUGAUGUGUUACCCAAGAUGGUGUGAACAAAGCUUCAAGCCAAUGGAGAAGACUAGGCCUAAAUAGCUGACCCGGUGAAGUGAGAAAUAAAGCCACACCUGGAGUGCCACAUCCUCAGCAGUCUUUCUCAGUGCCAAUGCAUUUAUGGCUGGUUCAGCGGAUUCCUACACGAGCAGGCCGUCUGACUCCGAUGUCUCUUUGGAAGAGGAUCGGGAAGCGAUUCGGCAAGAGAGAGAGCAACAAGCCGCUAUCCAGCUUGAGAGAGCAAAGUCCAAGCCUGUAGCAUUUGCUGUGAAGACGAACGUGAGCUACUGUGGCGCGUUGGAUGAGGAUGUGCCUGUUCCAAGCACGGCCAUCUCCUUUGAUGCCAAGGACUUUCUCCACAUUAAAGAGAAAUACAACAAUGAUUGGUGGAUAGGAAGACUGGUGAAAGAGGGCUGUGAGAUUGGCUUCAUCCCAAGUCCACUUAGACUGGAGAAUAUACGGAUUCAGCAAGAACAAAAAAGGGGACGUUUUCACGGAGGGAAAUCCAGUGGAAAUUCUUCUUCAAGUCUUGGAGAAAUGGUAUCAGGGACAUUUCGAGCAACACCCACAUCAACAGCAAAACAGAAGCAAAAAGUGACGGAGCACAUCCCUCCUUAUGAUGUUGUGCCAUCCAUGCGUCCGGUGGUGUUAGUGGGGCCGUCACUGAAGGGUUAUGAGGUAACAGACAUGAUGCAGAAAGCCCUCUUUGAUUUCCUGAAGCACAGGUUUGAUGGGAGGAUAUCAAUAACAAGAGUGACAGCUGACAUUUCUCUUGCUAAGAGGUCUGUCCUAAAUAAUCCCAGCAAGCGAGCAAUAAUUGAACGUUCGAACACUCGGUCCAGCUUAGCGGAAGUGCAAAGUGAAAUUGAAAGAAUCUUUGAGUUGGCAAGAUCUUUGCAACUGGUUGUUCUUGACGCAGACACCAUCAAUCACCCAGCACAACUUAUAAAGACUUCUUUAGCGCCAAUUAUUGUUCAUGUUAAAGUUUCAUCUCCAAAGGUUUUACAGCGGUUGAUUAAAUCUAGAGGAAAGUCCCAAAGUAAACACUUAAAUGUUCAACUGGUGGCAGCUGAUAAACUUGCACAAUGCCCCCCAGAAAUGUUUGAUGUUAUAUUGGAUGAAAAUCAGCUGGAGGAUGCGUGUGAACAUCUGGGAGAGUACCUUGAAGCAUACUGGCGUGCUACCCACACAACCAGUAGCACCCCCAUGACCCCUCUGCUCGGAAGGAAUUUGGGCUCAACCGCACUGUCACCAUACCCCACAGCAAUUUCUGGGUUACAGAGUCAGCGUAUGAGGCACAGCAACCACUCCACAGAGAACUCUCCAAUUGAAAGACGAAGUCUAAUGACCUCUGAUGAAAAUUAUCACAAUGAAAGGGCUCGGAAGAGUAGGAACCGCUUGUCUUCCAGUUCCCAGCAUAGCCGAGAUCAUUACCCUCUUGUGGAAGAAGAUUACCCUGACUCAUACCAGGACACUUACAAACCCCAUAGGAACCGAGGAUCGCCUGGGGGAUAUAGCCAUGACUCCCGACAUAGGCUUUGAGUCUGCAGAAGCAAACAAAAAAUUCAUCUGUUGACAAUUUGCCAUAGCACUGCUAGGAUAAACCAAUCAUCUUAACUUGGCAAGUACAGCACAGUGUUUCCUGUGCUUGUGGGCUGCUGUCAUUUGAUGCUAGGUAAGGGGCAAAAAAAAAAAACCAACAAAAAAACAUUAUGCCCUUAAGUCGAGAUGGUUAUUAGAUGCCCAGUCAUAUAGAUAUUUUUAAGCGCGGCAUUUACAUAACAGUACCUUUUGUUUUCUUCAUUAGAUUUAGACACAUCGAUUUGUAAUUUAGGGUACUUAUCAAGGCACAUAUAAAAUAAUUUCCCAUGCUGGAAAUUCCAAAUGACCAGUUCCAGUUGGAACCAAUUUAUAAACCAAUUCCUGUUGGAAUUUGGGUGAAUCGACUAGAAAGUCUACUUGAGCAUGUUGUAGUCAAUUUAAAAAUCUGAAAAAAAAAACAAAAAAACCAAAAACCUAAUUAAUGAGAAAAUCAAAAUACCAAAAGAAGCCAAAACCAGGUAUGGUUUUAUUUGCUGGAAGCUAAAUUUACAUUUAAAGUCGGAAUGUAUAAACAUUUUAAUAUAUGUUAACGUUGCCAGAAUGGCUUUCAAACUCACCAAAAGUAUUGAUGAUGCCAAAAAAAAAAAAGUCUCCAAUUAAUGCAGAAAUUAUUCACUCUCCUCAGAUUUUAAUAUUUUUGUUUCUUUCCUGGCACAGCUGUUGUAUUCAAAGUGUUUUGCUUUGUGUUUAGUCACUACUGUUAGCUUGUCUGAAGUUGGCAAAAAACAAACAAACAAACAAACAAACAAAAACCCUCAAAAUUUCUUUAGCAGUGAGAGAGAAUAAUAUAAAGAAGCCCAAUCAUAGCUGGUCACAGGAAAUGGAAAAAGAGGAGUUGUUUCCCCUUUACUCAAUCUGAGCAUAACUACAUACACAACAACAUCCAGGAAUCCGAAGUCAGACAGUAAGGAUGGGCACAGAGCCUCCUGAGUGCGAAGCUAAACAUCUCCAGAUGGGAAUUCAUCUGUCCAACUUACCACAAACAUGGGGCCUGUGUUUCCUGCCAGCACAGUUGCAUAUCUUUCCAUUGCUUCAUUCAGUCUCUGUCUUUGAAUAUAUGAAUGUUCUAGCCCUUCCCCAAAUUCUUUAUAAUCGUGCUAAGGACUUGUUUUACACGGAAACAUUCAAUUUUGAUAUUGAGAGCUGUGUUUAUACAAAAUAAUGAAAUGAAAAAUGUGAAAACAAAAAUGAUGAACUUAAAGGCUUGCAAUAUAAAGCAAACUCACAGAUUCAGAGUAUAUCUGUUCACUAAAAUUAUAGCAUUUUUACUGACGAGAAUUAUAAAGAAUUUGGAGAUUGAGCUGCCUUAUUUCUAAUGAACACUCCUCUUCACCUGUGAAAUCUUCACAGUUUUUCCAGUGGCUGUAAUUACGAAAUUGGUGACCUUCUGUCUUAUAUUAUCAAGGAAGCCUUAGAUUCACUAUGAUCCAAGGAAUUACUGAAAAUUGACCCUUUUAUAUAUUAUACAAAUAUCUUUCAGAAAAGCCUCUUGUUUCUAAAAAUCCACAAUGCAUGCAUUUUUCUAAAGCCCCCAAAGGACCAGACAUAAAAAUCCCUUUGUACUGGUACAUGUCAUGAAGACUGUAUUUUGAAAACAAUGAUAAUUGAUUUCUAUUACCUUAUUUUCUUCCCAAGCCUUUCAAUAUUUAGGCUUUCAAAGCAUGCACCAGUUAAAUAAUCUUCCUCGCCAUGAAAACAAGUUCCAAUUUCUUGAUCAGUUAUACAUCUCUUGACGCCCAUGGUGACCUCCCACAUUCCCUCUCCUCCUCCUGUUCACUGUGCAUACUCCAUUAUGAACCUGUUUAGCUGAUGAUGGGGAUGCCUAUAAUUAUGUAAGUUAUUUCACAUAUUUGAUACAACUGAAAAUAUGGGCUCGGUAAAUUCUAAAAGUUAACAUGUGAUAUUGGCUUGUGAGUUCUUUUGUCAUCUAAUGAAGCUUACAGAACUUUCAGUUAAGACAUUUCAAAGAGCUGUAUUCAUUAGGCACUUUAAUAAACAUAUAACCUGCCAUUACUGAAUACUUUGUUAGAACAAAGAAGAGCAUUUUCCAGCAAAUGAAAAUAUAUUUAUUACAUGUACAGCACAUAUUUGCAUGAGAAAGAGAACAUUAGCCAAAACAUUUUUCUAUAUGCUUUACUGGUUUCUUGUUUGUGCGCAUUCAAGUAUUUAAUUGCAAAGAGUGCAUCAAGGUGAUAAAUUUAGACUAGACAGCUGUUCAGCUUUUUCUGUAGUAGCAUUAGCAAUCUGGUCAUUUAACUACUUUAAGAUAUUUACAUUUUAUGGCAGGUAGCUGCAACAGCAUUUACAUAUAUUUCCUAGUCAGCAAGAUUACCAUAUUCUUUCAACUUUUGAAAAUCACUUGUUUUUAAAAACCUCUCAAAGCCUUGUUUCUAAGUCUCCCAUGUCAUAUGCUAAUAAAGAGAGGUCCGUUCAAUAUCUGUGCACAGAACCAAUCUGUCGUUUACCAUCAAGUGUCUGUACCUGUUUUGCUUUGCAUUCUUAUUCAAAAGCUAACAAUCUUGGAAGGGGUAUAAAGUAUAUUUUCUUGAUGGAUAUAUUUAAAUUUUUACUUUGAUUUGGCAUAUUCUUUUCAUUCCUUUUGUAAUUAACAAGUUUAUCUUCUCCAAAUGAAAAAGAAAUAUGCAUUUCCUUUUUUUUAAGUGUUAGAGUUUACUGUGUAAAUGAUACUUAAAUACACAUAUAUACUAAAUGAAAGUUUUAUUUUUGCCAAGCAUAUCAAGCACCUUUGAAAAAUACAUAUUCCUCAAAUACUUUGUUUUUAACUGACUUCAUUUCAAAAUAGCAAAUGAUAAGCAGGAGAAACAAGUCUUACAAUGUUUUAAGUAUGUUUUAACUUGUAGUAUAAAUCACAUACUCUGUAACUUCAGUAUAUAUAUCAGAAUAUGUAAAUUACAUAUUCUGUAAUUUCAGUCUGCGAACAUGUAACAUUGUAGACACGUGUGACAAUGUGGAAAUGUAGAUCUGGAAAAAAGGGAAUGCAAUUUGUCAAUCCUGAUGUUAAUUCUCAAGGCAAUGUGACUCCAAUAUUAUAAUCAACAAUGUUAUCUUGUUUACACCAAUAUUUAAAGCAACACUUGGAAAUGUUUAUAAAUGACUGAUUAUUCUCUCUUAUCUUUAUACAGUUCUAUUGGAAAGAAAAUUGAAAUUAACAAUUUAGACUGAUAGUCUUUCCUAAUAAGAGAGUCUUAAUUAUGUGACAAUAUGUCAUUGCACUUAGUCCUUAAUGAAAUGAACUUUUUAAAUAUAAAACAAAUUCUAAGAAAAUUAUUUGUUCCCUUUGAGUAAUUUGUUAAUUACUUUAAUUAUUAUUGUCGUUGUUUGCAAAACGUAUUUUUGGAAUGUUAACCUCUUUUCAUACCUGCAUACUUGAACUUGUCUUUUGUGUGGGGGCCUUAAAAUUCAUACUAGGAAGCUAGGUCAGUGAAAGGGAGGGAGAGAAAGAAAUUAUGCCAAAAGGUGGUUUGCAAAUUUAAACUCUGAAUGAACAUAUCACAAAAUGCUGUUGAGACCCAGGAUGUCAGUUAAGAAUGUUUCUAGGCAACUUUAAUUUGCAUGCUAGUGUGUUUUUUCAGUUAUACAAUUUUAUUUUGGUAUUUGCUAAAAAAUAAAAAUGAUGUAAUGCCACUAUAGAAAUUGCCCUAUAUAUUAAUAUUUAUACUACCUCUUCUCUAGAGAAGACAAUCUGUCUUUAAGGAGAAAAACACUUUUCAAUAAGUAGUGAUCAAAUUUAUUACUCUUACUGCUAACCCAGCUGCAAAACUAAAAGCAUAGAUUCUUAAAAUAUACUUUCCCUUUAAAUUUUAAACUGUAUCCAAAAUACUCUUGUCACCCUUCAUUUCUUCCAUGUUAGUGAAGUUUUCUUUGAAUUGGUUCACAUUUUACCAGCACACAAAGUUAAUUUAAGAAAUCAGUCAUCAGAGGGAAUAAAAUAAUCUGCAAGGGAAUUGCCUUUGUGUGAAAUUUGUUAUAAUAUCUAGCUCUAAGCCUGCAAGGAUAGAUCCAGAGACUUGAUAUUUAAGUGCAGCUGGUUUGAAAAUUCAAAUUUUGAUCCUUAAUGUCUCCCGUGGACAGCCAUUUACUAGGUGAGGGUAUGCAUUAUCUUGGACUCCCAUGUCAUUGGAGCAAAUUCCAUAUAAAUGUUUUAAAUAAAUGGGAAUGUACCCCUCAUUUCUUUUGUAUUUCUGCCUUUGUGUUUCAUGACAAUGUUGCCUGUUGUUUUCUUUUUAAUUAUAUGAAACUCAUCUUUGGAUGACUACAUGAAUGAAAACAGAGCAAAUUAUGUAAUAAAAUUUGUUUUAUUAGUUCCUCAUACCUUUAAAUACUGUUAAUACUUUGUUACUGAGUUACUUACUCAAAUUGUGUCUAUAGGACAAAGAGCAGGCCUUCUCUUUUAAAUGAUAAUUAUGAGCAAACCAGUCAAUAAGAUAGUUGUCUGCAGACAAUAAGGGUGACUUUUUUGUUGUUGACUUAAGCAGUCAAGUUAGUCAAAAUAGUAAAACUGGCUCAAAUGGGCAGAGAGCUACAGCAUUCAAAAAUCACUUUUUAAAGAUUUCUUCUUUUAUUAAAAUGAACUUUCUCCAAUGAAAUACAUCUUCUUUUGGCAACUAUCUUUAUCUACUUGUGGAUCGUUUAAUCCCAAAUGCUUCCUGUAAUUGAGGGACAAAAAAGACGAUUAUAAAAUAUCUCAUCAGAUAAUCUUGAACAAGGGCUGUAACUCCCAUUUACCGUGAAAAGCAUAUAACUAAGAGUGAAUAACAAGACUGUUGGAGAGUCACGGUUACAUAUAAAAAUUUUCCUCUGUUUCUUGUGACGUAUGUAAAGCGUUUGCUGAAACAUGGUAGAAAAUGUUACCAAUGAAUUUAGAGUGGUCUGGGGUGUAUGCUAAUGCAUCCUCUUUGAAAAUUAGGAGUUAAAAUGAGAGCUAUGUGAGAACCCAAAGUGGCUGGCCUCUAGCUUUUCAAUUUUGUAAGUGUUCUUAGUUAUGUUUUGAACACUCAGAUUUCUCAACAAAUGGCUAUGUCUAUAUUUAUGUAAGGGCCACUCUUGCCCUACUUGCAUGCCAUUUUCACACACUUUUAACUGAAGUCAGUGUGAAUUCCGUAUGCAUAAGGGAUGUAUUAAAGAUACAGGAUCAUUAAUGCUAUAUUGUUGCAUACUAUUUUUCAUAUGCCUUACGAUAUUUUCUGGGACGUUAUUAAAAUGAAAGCAUUUUAUUGCCAAAAUAAAUCUAUGUUGUUACUUCUAAUCUGCAUUAGCAGUAGAAAAAUAAAUAAUGUAGCAAAACAUAUAUUGUACAGUACAAAAUUAUAAAAGAUAUAUAUUUUGCCAAUAAUAUGAAAAUAGAUUGAGGAGAAAGAAGCACAUUUGUUAUAGCACAAACUUAACAAAAUCCACUGUUAAAUCUGGCAGUCGUAUUUUUUAAAAAUAUAUAGAUUUAAUUCUAAGUUUUAUCAGAUUUAUUUCAUCUACCAUCUUUUUAACUUGCUGCUUGAUCCUUUUCCAGCAAUUUAUUUCAUAGCCUUGCAACCUGUGGAUGUAAUUUAUUUUAUUUUAUUCCCUGGCAUAAAACUUAUUAAAUGUUAUUUUGUGAUAAGAUUCAUAUUAUAUUUACUGUUCUUAUUUCUGCUCCUUCAGCAACAACUGCAAAAAGUACGGCAAGUGAGCUCAUAGGGCUCCUCUGAAUUUUGGACAUACUUGAAAUGUUUUCUAUUUUUCACAGCCUAAAGUCAGAACAAUAAAUACAAAUGUCCCAACAACAACAAAAAAGUAGUUAGGGAUUCUUCAAUUUGUUUUGUACUGAAUACUAUUUUGAAACAUGAGUUAAAGCCAUUAGUUGUUUUUUUGACUGGGUGGCGGGAGGGAAAAACAUACGUUUAUUAACACUAAAAAUAAACAUGGCAAAUUGAUGUAAAAAGAUUUUCCCUACUAUUCUGAGGGCUGUUGAUAUCCCAAGCUAUUGCUAUAUCUCCGGCUACUAAGUGGAAACAAAUAUAUAUUGCCUUUGUUAAAUAAUGUUUUUUCUUUCUUUAAAUUUUAGUUAUUUAUUUUAAAAAUUUACCCCCUUUUAUUUUUCUUAUAUAGGUAAAUGUGUAGCAUUCUACAAGGCAUGCUGGGUAAAAUAUACUAUGCAAAUGUGUACAGUGCUGCAUGUUUUGUUCUCCCUCUGCUUUUGUGGCUUUAAAGAAAAAAAUGUGUUGUUAUUUUUGUGAAGAAAAACAUUUAACAGAGAAAAUGCAGAGUGCAUGCAUAGAGUAUCCUAAUUUCUAUGGAUUUGUUUUAUGGAAUUUAAAUGUGUAUAAAUCAACUGCAUUAAUUUUUUCUUUUAUAUAAUAAAUGAGAAAACACUGAAAUCA